ACCUGCUUGAUCCCCCGUUCUGAUAAACACCAUCGAAUACAGACCAAUCUUCACCCUCUGCCACGCCAUUACUGGCCCAGCCGCCGCCGACCGCGCCCACGACAUCGCCCGCGACACCGACCUCCACUGGGCAGCCCACAAACGCAACCCAGCCUCGCACUACAUCUAUGCCUUCGACCCGGCCACCGGCCGCGUCGCCGGCGCUGCGAAUGGACCUUCCACCACACCAACCCGUUCCCCGAGGGCCCGGUCCGCGUCCCGUGCACCUGGUACCCCGAGGGAUCGGAGGUUGCAGAGUUCGCUUCCCACGUUCGCUUCCCACGUAUUGACGCAGUGUCUGUUGCCGCGGCGGGCUUGGUUUCGACGGGCGCAUGCGGGUUCGUGAUUCCUUUCUGGUUUCUGGUUGAACUGUACUAGCAGGAGGUGCGGGAUGGGGCUGGGUAAAUGGGGGUGUUUGCUGACUGGCUACUUGGGUAUAUGCAUAGGGGUCAAUCGAAUGGGCGUGCACCCGGACUACCGUCGUCAGGGGGUUGGACGGAUGCUGAUGCAGUGGGGCCAUGAGCGGAUUGACGCGUGGGGGCAUGAGUGUUUCAUUGAGUCUGGGGCGAUGGGAAGAUGGCUGUACGAGGAGUGUGGCUAUCGGAGGCUGAUGGCGUUGGCGGUGGAUUGUCACCGGAAGAAUCCCAGUGCGGAGUGGGAGAGGCUGAUGUUUGAGUAUCGGUCGGUGGGGAUGUUAUUGCUUUGGAGGCCGCCCAGGGGAGUCUGGGAUGAGCGGGUGCCGGCUGGGCCGUGGGCGGUGACGGAGGGGACCUGGCAGGAUGUCGGGGUCGAGCGUGCGGAUGAUACGAGUACGUUGACUGAGGAUGCGCAGGUCGAAGAGGAUCUCGGACCCUGCUAGGUAGUGAAUGCAGCCUGGAUGGGUGGUCGAUUGGCUUGGCUGGUGUUGUCUGAUCGCUCAUUCUGGACUCGAAGAUUCCGGAAUCCGGGGGAAGUUAGUGUUGUCUUUUAUUGAGUCGGUGGGCAAUAGGGCACUAAGAGGUUGGUAAACGUAAACAUGAGGUGAAGAGUCUUCGUCAGACAGUCCCACUUCAAUGCAAGAACGGAUUCUGGCGGCGGUGAUAUGAUAUAUUGUACAGAAAUCUAAGUUUUCUUUCUAGUCGUUUGACGUUUGCGAGAAUGUUAGGCUAACGUCAUUGACAU